AAAAUGGGUUCAGAAUAUUUUGGCCCAGAAAACGGAAACCGGGGGAUUUGUUUGCUGGAAUCAAAGCUUAUCUUAAUUUCUUCUCAUCGCUUUUUGCUGUUUUUUUUCCGACAGUUAUGCAGGAGAGCUGCCUGCUGCCCCCUGGUGGCUGAUAACGUGAAGCGCCCUGGUGUCGCUGCAGUCCAAACGGUUCUGACGGCUUCUGACGACAACUGACGCCGAGGCUCUCUGGCGCCCCCUGCAGGCGCAGCCAUAGACAUAUAUGUCAGCCGCCUACGCUGCGUGGGGCGUCCCGUCACCAGGACAACCACCCAACCGCCGACGGCAGGACCAACUCGCCGCGGUCAGAUUAACUCAGAAGCAAUACGAGCUGCUGCUGCUGCCGCUGACGUCACAGAAAGUAUGUCGACGUCACCGAGGCUGGGCGUGGUCAGAGCGUCGAUGCUGACGGACCCGCUGCUGAUCAAGGCGCCGCUGGGGAAGGUCCAGUCGCGGGGUCUGACCGUUCCUGGUCCAGAUUUCACCUUCGGAACCAGCAGCUCGUUCAGAGAUGGAGGCGUGGCUGAAGCUCUGUCCAGCUGGAGGGUUCAGCCCAGACGGGAAGAAUCUGCUUGGUGUCUGGACUUUGUGUCUCUGAACCGGGAUGCGGUCAGGUCUGGACUGGUGACUUCUAAAGAGCUGAGCCAGUACCGGGCCCAAAUGGGUUGGGUCAAAGCCCAGAAACCGGCUGCAAAGCAGCACGAGGGCAGAGCUUCACGACAGCCGCCGGUGGUACCGGACAUCACGUUUGGAGUCAGAAACAGGCCUUCGUCACCGCUGGCGGACAUCCUGUCUCAUCAAUACGGUCAGCGCUGGAUUGACCAACAGCUGACCCGGAAUCAAACCAACAGCCACAAACGCACGAUUAAACCGGGUCAAGCUGCAGAAACCAGAACCACCCUGCUGAGGAAGACCAGAUCUGUGCCAGUUAAACAGACACCUUUUAGACUGCCUCAGUUCUCACAGGUACCUGCGGCGCUCAACACCUUCAGGGAGCCGGCGGCUCGUCAGCGGCUCCACAGAGCUCUUCAGGGAGAACGUGCGGACCAGGAGACAAACAGUCCGGACUGAUGGGGACAGAACCGCACGUUAACACGGCUAUUAAAGCAGAAAAGGAUUUCUCUGCAGCAACGAGUCCAGUUUCAUCCUUUUAGAAAACAGCCGAGACAGAACUCUGACCCAGGUUCUGGUCCGGUUCGCUCGCGGCUGUCAGCUGCAGGAAAUAAACUGUCCUGGUUUUCAUUAAAUUAUAAUUAUCAGCC